UAAUCUUCUAUAGAAAUCAAAUGUAAGCUCAGACUGUUAACGUCUGCAUGUGUAGAGCCUUAGGUUUUGGAACUACUGUUGCAUAAUUCGUUCAUCCCCUCUCUUCCAGCCUUCAUGAAGAGAUUAUUGACUUCUACAAGUACAUGUCUCCCAGAUCCGAAGAAGGAAGGAUGAGAAUGGAAGUAGUCAAUAGGAUACAAAACGUUAUAAAGGAACUCUGGCCCAAUGCAGAGGUGCAAAUAUUUGGGAGUUUUAAGACUGGCUUAUAUUUACCUACUAGUGAUAUUGAUUUAGUGGUGUUUGGAAAAUGGGAGAAUUUGCCUCUCUGGACCCUCGAAGAGGCUCUUAGAAAACACAACGUAGCUGAUGAAAAUUCAGUAAAGGUUUUAGACAAAGCAACUGUACCUAUUAUUAAACUGACUGAUUCCUUUACCGAAGUCAAAGUUGACAUCAGCUUUAACAUGCGGAACGGUGUAAAAGCUGCUGAUCUCAUUGCAGAUUUUAUCAAGAAAUACCCUGUAUUGCCAUAUCUAGUUUUAGUAUUGAAACAGUUUUUGCUGCAGAGGGAUCUCAACGAAGUAUUCACAGGUGGCAUUGGUUCUUAUAGUCUUUUUUUAAUGGCUGUCAGCUUCCUCCAGCUGCAUCCCAGAGAAGACGCCUGCACACCCAAUGCCAACUACGGUGUCCUUUUAAUAGAGUUUUUUGAAUUAUAUGGACGUCAUUUCAACUACCUGAAGACAGGCAUCCGAAUAACGGAUGGCGGUUCGUACGUGGCCAAGGAUGAAGUGCAGAAGAAUAUGCUGGAUGGGUACAGACCAUCAAUGCUCUACAUCGAAGACCCGCUUCAACCAGGCAGUGAUGUCGGGAGGAGCUCCUACGGUGCCAUGCAAGUAAAACAGGCCUUCGAUUAUGCAUAUGUCGUUCUGAGCCACGCGGUUUCGCCAAUAGCUAAAUAUUACCCCAACAACGAAAGCGAAAGUAUAUUGGGAAGAAUAAUCAGAGUAACGCAAGAAGUGGCGACGUACAGAGACUGGAUAUCAAAGCAGUGGGGGGUGCAGAACAGCACAGAGACGUCUUGCAAUGGGAACGGGGUGUCUUCGACCGUCGAUAACCAGCAGCUAGACGAGUGCAACAAUAACCACUCUGAGGAGUGCGAAUCAUUAGGAAAACCCAGAAGUAAAACCUCCGAGACGCCAAGCAAGCAUUCGUCAAACUCUUCCUCUGGACCUCUGUCGUCGUCGUCUUCUACGCUUUCCAGCUCCAGCGACGUAGAGUCUGACGGGACACCGUGCAAAACCUCUAAACAGCUGGGCUGCCGUCAGACGGCAUCCAACCGAACGGUGGCUCAGAGCGUGUCGCUGGGGCCCACGCAGUCAAGUGGGAAAAUGCCAAGCAGCCAAACGGCAAACGUAUCUGGCGUUGUGAACAAGUCACAGCACGGAUCCACACGGUUGUUCCGCGCUUCUUCCAGCAAAGGCUUCCAAGGUCCAGCCAAUUCAAGCCACGGUACCUCGGUGACUAACAAGCAGCACCCGGGUAGCAAAUCGCACCAGUAUUACGGGAAGAAAAGGAAACACAAGAGGGACCCAGUCCUGUCGGACCUUUGUAGAUAGUUUUCCUAUUUGGACGGUUGACUGUUCUUCUGUGUGCAAUGGCCUCGAGCUACAAGGAUGAGUUGGAUAGUGACUCCCGGGUCUCAUCUGGACUCUCCCAAGACUGUUGGGGGCUGGGGGAGGGGGGACCCAACAACGUUGAUUAGCAGUGUGCAUUAAGUUUUUCCAGCUUGCCACGGAACAGAUCAUGAAGACUGAUAACAGCAACAACAAAAAAGAGGGAGGGGAAGAGGAGAAAAAGGCCGCUGCCGAUAAGUCGUAUGCUACAACAGGGUUGUUUAGGAUAUAAAAGCUUGAAUGUAAAAUAAAUAUCUCCCAACAGCUUUUAUAAUGACCUUCUAGAGGGCAUAGGACUCGAUGCAUUCAGGGAGGGUUCGUCAUCCGCUCAGAACGGGAGAAACGAUCAAAAAGCGAGAAAGGAAAAGCCUGCGUUUUGAGUGAAGCCCAGCCUUCCGAGGAGAGAGCAAAAUUCACGCAUGAUAAUUUCUAAAUUAUUUUUGCAUAUAUUUACCAUUUUAUUGUGUAUCUAUAGACGACCGUGUAGGAAAGGAAAAUUGACAUUUGUAAUAGUGGCAUUUGUUGAAAUACUUUUUACAUAACAUUACUGUUUAAAUGGUAGGAAACGGUUCCUUUUUCGGCCUCCCUCCCAGGCUUCAUUCGAAGAGAAGAAAAUUAUUUGAAUUUGUCAGCUUGGCCUCCAACGUAGUAGCUCGGGGUUUUCGUCUUCUUCUCCUCCUCAAGCGUUGAAGCAGCAGCACAUUCAUGGGUCCGCACAAGUCCCUUCUCCGGAGGGUGGGAGGGGAGGGGCAGGGCGGGAGGAUUUGUUUUUGUAAAAGGGGUAUUUCUCACACCUGAUGUCAGCCCUGAUCUCGGUCCCUCGUUGGGAAGAAGAACGAACUUUCACCUUGUGUCUGAAGUGGCAUCCUCAUCGGCAAUGAGAUAUUCUGGAUACCAUGCAAAGGAAAAUGCCCUCUUUUCUCAAAGGAAACAAAGCUACUUUUUUGGGGGGUGGGGGGAAGAGAUGGAGGAGACCCCACAGCUUUGUCCUGUUUUGUUGCAUUCAAAAAAACAAAGAGUUAAUAUCUGCAUUUCAAGAACUCUGCUGAAUCUUUUGCCUUUCUUUUGAUUUUUUGUGCCUUCUCAAAUUUUUGCCCUUUCUUCUUUCUCCCCCCCCCCCCCCGUUUUUCUUCAUUUUUAAAAAAGAAAAAAAGUCCUUUAGGGGGAAAAAUGUCUAAAAAAAUAGGGUUUUUUUUUUGUUAACUCAAGUAUUCUCUCAUUCCCCUUUGCAGUAUUUUAAAUCUACUCUUUAAGGAUUAGAACGCAUCUUCAAUAAUGGAAAUAAAUUUGUCUUGCUGUCUUGAAGAGCUGACAUUUUUCUCAGAUCCCAUUUGUUUUGGCUGAAUCGUCACCCUCCCUCCUCCGUGCAAACACCGCCCUCCCGCCGAGAAUCCAUAAACGGGUGGAUGCUUCCUAGUUGGGCCAUGCCGUUAACAAGACACUAAAAAAAAAUACAUUGCUAUGAAUGCAAACGGGAAUGUGUAGCGCUGUAGCCACUGGCGUCGUUUGUUUGUUUGUUUUGCAGAAAAAGAAAAGGAAAAAAAAAGAUUUGGAGCACUUUAAUUAUUAGAAUGUAAAGUGACAUUUACUGUAAACUUUUUCUUUGAAGAGGAAAGUUUGUGUGCUGACGCGUGCGUGUUGAGUAUGGAAGGCUGAGUUUGGAGAAUGAUGACGACGACGAUGAUCCUUUUAUCGGGGGAUAAUAGCUUUUAGAUGUUUCUUUUAUCUACUGCAGACCAACCCGACCUUUAAUAAGCACUGAUCAGUGCACAAGCUUUUUAAAUAAAAAUAAUGCGACUCGACCAAAUCUGUCAUGACUGAAAACUUAUACGUAAUAUAAAAAAAAAAUUACUCAACCUGGUAAAAAGCCUUGUUAUUUUAAAAAAUGGAAACGGGGAGGGUGGGGGAGGGGAUUACAUAUUUUCACCAUAAGUAACGUUACGCUCGAAGAAAACAUUCAGCUCGAAG